AUGAUCGCCAAGAUUUUAAAGUAUAUUAAAGAUGAGAUCAAACUUAAAAUUUCUGAAGAAGUAAAUCUAGCAGUGCAAUAUUCUAUAUUGAUGGACACUACCAUAGAUGUAUCUACGUUAGACCAAUGUGCUUUUGUACUCCGGUAUGUCAGGGACUCUGAAGUAACUGAGAGGCUGUUAGCGUUGAAGAGUGUUGUAAGUACAUCUGGACAAAGUUUAUUUGAAACACUAAAAACCGUCCUGGAGGAGACUAAUAUUCCACUUGAAAACUGUGUUGCAAACGCUUUUGACGGCGCUUCAAAUAUGAGCGGCCAAUAUAAUGGCGUUACUGCCAAGCUAUGUAGUGUCAUUCCGAAUCACAUCCACACAUGGUGCUAUGCACAUGUGUUGAAUCUUGUGCUGACAGAUACAGCCCAAUGUAUCAAUAAAAGCAUAAACUUUUUCAAUCUUCUUCAAGAGGUACAUGUUUUUAUGAACGAGUCAAUAAAAAGAUUGCAGAAGUUUAUUGAAGAAAACCCAUCCUUUAAACUGGAAGCUAUAGGCCAGACAAGGUGGCGGAGCCGCAGUAAUGCCACUGUGAAGAUAUUUGGACGGAUUGACGACUGGGACGGAGAAGUCAAAUCAAAACCUCCAAAACUGGUGUACUUGGAGUUAGUAAUCGCUCUAUUUAAGAUUUCAACCUCACAAGACUUUAAUUCCAAAGUUAGAAGUGAUUCUGAUGCUCUCCUAAAAAAACUAUUAAGUUUUGAGUGUAUUCUUGUUGCAAUGCUAUUCCUACAAGUCUUUAAAGUCACCACACCUUUAUCGGACUAUUUACAGACCAAAGAUUUAGAUUUCGUCCAAGCUUGGAGAUUUAUUGAAAAUUCUCACCGUAAAUUAACAGAUCUAAGAGAAAAAUUCCCUGACACGGUAAAGGCCGCAAACAAUUUUGUCACCAAAAUGAAUGAAAAUCUUGAAGAACGGGAAAAAGAAGACGAAUCUCUUUCGAAUAUCUACAUUGAAACAUCAUUAAAAGAAACAAGAAGAAGAAAAGUAAAAAAACUACCAGGAGAGGAAGCUAAUGAUGAAAUCGUUGGCUCAUCGCCUGAAGACAAAUUUCGAAUUGAGAUCUUUAUCAGAAUUGUUGACACCUUGAUCCACACAAUGGAAAAUCGGUUUUUAGUACAUAAGCAAUUGUACUUAGACCUUGCAUGGUUCGAUCCCAAAAGAUUUGACGCUAAGGAGAAGAUUCCACCAAAUGCCCUGGACAAAAUUACUGAAAUCCUUCCCGGCCUGGAUAGAUCUAAACUAAAAGAAGAGCUUUGUUCAUUUUCUGAGUUAUGGCCAAAAAUAUGUGAAAAAGAUAUUGGACCAGAGUAUAGCCAAUCAAAAGAAGAAGCUAAAGAAAAGGCAGAAGUAAUCGACAGUGACAUUGAGCAAGUGAAUGACAAAGAAGAAGAAGAUGAAGAAGAAGAAGGAGAAGAAGAGGUUACGUUCCACUGGUGGUUCCCAAUCAACAUCACGGUGAUCAUCUGGGGGUUCGUCCAUGCUGUCAUCCGAUUCGAAUUCGACCGGUUCAAUUUCAUGGACAACGUCGUCAAUGAAGUUGUCCUCUACUACAAUCGGUCCGUCAACCCAAUUUAA